AUGAUCGAGGGAUAGCAAAUACGUAGUGAGAUGUCAGAGAACGGGAAAGAAGAGGAAGUUCUAUGAGUCAGGAAAUAUUCCAUGGAUCUGAUCCCCAGAAACGUAAACAACGCGAAAGUCCUAAUGGUGGUCUAUGAGUCGCGGUUCACCUACAGUUCGCAGACAACCCCAAACAACAAUGAACGAGGAGAAAGGAAUGUUUUCAGUCGAACUAGCAGAAGACACGUACAGGGCGAAGGUGGCCACAUCUGCCCUCAAGCCCUCAGACCCGAGCUUGAUCAAAGGCGAUAUUGCCUCGUUGAAGAGGUUCUGCUCCAAGCUCAAGUUCCAGUAUUUGGAACAGGACACACGUGACAAGUUUGUAGCGGUUUUGUUUUCAGAACAUGCCGAGAGCGUGAGCCAGAAAAACGUGGAUGCGGUCGCCGGGGAAAAUACAAGUGCCAAGGCGGAAUUGAAGCAGCUCAAAAAAGAGCUUGCGGAACGAGUUGCGUUGAGCGAGUCUGUCGCAGAAGACGUGAUAUCCAUCAACCAGAGAUUGCAGACACGCAGAAAAGAGGCGGAAUCGGCAAGCGCAGAGUUGGCUGCGUUGGAAAAGGAGUUCCAUGCUCUAGUCAGCCUCCCGGAAAACGAGAGCUACAAGAUGUUGUUUGAUUUAAAUAAGAUGAUCGAUUCUCAAGAUGUGCGUCCAGAUGAGGCGAUCCGCAUCGCCGAGACCGAUUUGAAGCAAGAUCAAGUAAUGUUCCAUGACCUCCAACAACAGGAACAGGCACUUUUGGAAAAGGCCGCGCAGAUGAACAGGCACACGGAAGAACUCCAGAAUACACUUCUGCGGAUGAAGACCGAAUUGGAGCACUCCUCCAGAACCCCGAAUGGGCACCCUGAACCCGAGCAGGUCCGCGCCCAGUGGCUGCGCGAGCUCAACUCGGUGCUUCAUAAAUUCACAGUGGCACCAGUCGAAAUACGGCAGAUUGGGGCAAACUAUGUCCUUUUAUGUGGGCGAGACGAGAUUGUGUUCAGCAGCGACUUGAACAUCGUGCUGGUGCUGAACCACGUGCUACGGAGUCUUGAUGUCAACCAGGUGAACCAUGUUUCUGGCGAACGAAAAGUGGAAUAUCUUCUGAGGGUGAUCAUGAAGGCAUUUGCUGGCUGAGGUUAUCGAGCGCGAGUACGGAGCAUGCCGUGCCUCCUGUUUGCAAGUGAUUGAUGCCGCAUACGCUUCAUGGAACAUUUGAUGUCACUGCAAAGAACAUGAAGAUAUCAUAGAAUCUCCAAGCUACUAUGGGGACUCCAAGCUUCGGCAAAAAUUCAAAUUACGACAGAGACCCCAAGCUUCGACGGAAAUCCCAAAUUACGAUAGAGACCCCAAGCUUCCACUGAGAUCUCAUGCCAUCACGAGGAAUGUCCCACUAACCAUGGAGAAUACCGGAAUGACACACUUUAU